GAGUGGCAGGGGACGGUCGAGCCCGCGGGCUGAGCCGCGAGGGUGACCCCAGGGGCCGGCGGCGCAGCGGGGAGCGCGCGCACGAGGUGCGGGACCCUGUGACCGAGCCAGCUCAGCGGGGGCGGCCGAGGCACGGCAGCGCAGCGCUGGGGGCCGGGCGCCCCCGGAGCCCCGCGGCUUGGAGCCCGCGCCCGGGCCCGACGAUGCUGACGCCCCGGCUGUGCCGAGGGCGCGGCGGUGGCGGCGCAGGGCAGCACUGAAAGUUGGGCGAAGGACGGCGCGGAAGCCCCGGGACCCACGCACUGAGCGACCGCAGCCGGCGAGGGCGCGGGAAGCGGCGCCGGGACUUCCCGCUGCCCGCGCGGACGCCGUGGGAUGUAGUGCCCGCUCAGCGCCGCCCGGACGCCGUCGGACCUUCAGCCCCGCGGCCCUGCGUCUCCCCAGGUGACCCCGCCGGCGUCAGGACAUGCACGGGCACAGCCGCAACGGGCAGGCCCACGUGCCCCGGCGGAAACGCCGCAACCGCUUCGUCAAGAAGAACGGCCAAUGCAACGUGUACUUCGCCAACCUGAGCAACAAGUCGCAGCGUUACAUGGCGGACAUCUUCACCACGUGCGUGGACACGCGCUGGCGCUACAUGCUCAUGAUCUUCUCCGCGGCCUUCCUCGUCUCCUGGCUCUUCUUCGGGCUCCUCUUCUGGUGCAUCGCCUUCUUCCACGGGGACCUGGAGGCCAGCCCGCCAGCAGCCGCUGCGGCAGCGGCGGCGGCGGCCGCAGCGGGGAACCCUGCGGGCGCAGGUGGCGGGGCAGCGCCGGCCGCCCCCAAGCCCUGUAUCAUGCACGUCAACGGCUUCCUGGGCGCGUUCCUGUUCUCGGUGGAGACGCAGACGACCAUCGGCUACGGCUUCCGGUGCGUGACGGAGGAGUGCCCGCUGGCGGUCAUCGCCGUAGUGGUCCAGUCCAUCGUGGGCUGCGUCAUCGACUCGUUCAUGAUUGGCACCAUCAUGGCCAAGAUGGCGCGGCCCAAGAAGCGGGCGCAGACGCUGCUGUUCAGCCACCACGCGGUCAUCUCGGUGCGCGACGGCAAGCUCUGCCUCAUGUGGCGCGUGGGCAACCUGCGCAAGAGCCACAUCGUGGAGGCGCACGUGCGCGCGCAGCUCAUCAAACCCUACAUGACGCAGGAGGGCGAGUACCUGCCGCUGGACCAGCGGGACCUCAACGUGGGCUACGACAUCGGCCUGGAUCGGAUCUUUCUGGUGUCCCCCAUUAUCAUCGUGCACGAGAUUGAUGAGGACAGCCCGCUGUACGGCAUGGGCAAGGAGGAGCUGGAGUCGGAGGACUUCGAGAUCGUGGUCAUACUGGAGGGCAUGGUAGAGGCCACGGCCAUGACCACCCAGGCCCGCAGCUCCUACCUGGCCAGUGAGAUCCUGUGGGGCCACCGCUUCGAACCAGUGGUCUUUGAGGAGAAGAGCCACUAUAAAGUGGACUACUCCCGCUUCCACAAGACCUACGAGGUGGCCGGCACGCCCUGCUGCUCGGCCAGGGAGCUACGGGAGAGCAAGAUCACCGUGCUGCCCGCGCCACCGCCGCCGCCCAGUGCCUUCUGCUAUGAGAAUGAGCUGGCCCUUAUGAGCCAGGAGGAAGAGGAGCUGGAGGAGGAAGCGGCGGCCGCGGCAGCGGUGGCUGCCGGCCUGGGCCUGGAGGCGGGCUCCAAGGAGGAGGCAGGCAUCAUCCGCAUGCUGGAGUUUGGGAGCCACCUGGAUCUGGAGCGCAUGCAGGCCACGCUCCCACUGGACAACAUUUCCUACCGCAGGGAAUCUGCCAUCUGACUUCACUCCUGGGCCAGCGCCACCCCCGACUCUCACGCCAGCCACUGCUGGGCGCUGGGCUGCCAGGACACACACCGCUUCCCACACUCAGGGCACAGCACAGUCUGGCUGGCUCCAUGGACCUUCUGGAGGAGGGCCAGGGGCUUCCAAGAAGGCCACUCCCAGGGCCCAGGCUCCGGCAGGGCCCAGGACAUCGUGGGGGCCUGUCAGCCUGGGCUUCCCUACACUUACCUACCUGCAGCCAGCUCUGGGCACCACCCCCUCCCCAGGCCCUUCAAGGACAUGUCCCCCCACCCACCCUCUCAGGACCUUGGCGA